AAAUAUUUAUUUUAAUAAUUCUAGGUAGAAAAUAGAUUUUGAUUCCAAAAAUGUAUGACUUUUUCUUCAAUCAUAGAAAUGAUGGAGCAGAAAACUGCUUUCGUGAACCUUGGUGUUCGACUCGACAUUGUCGGUGCACACAAUUUUGCCAUUGUGCUAUUCGUAACUUCGUCUGUUUUAGCUAAUCAAAUCUUCCAUCUGUUUCAGCUAACCAAACCUUGUGUCGAUUACAGCUAAUCAAAUCUUUUGUCUGUUCCAGCUAAUCAAAUCUUUUGUAUUGCCAUCGAAACUUUUUUUAUUAACAUCCGAAGCGAUUUCUGUCAUGAUUCCGGAAUCGUCAGUAAAGCCUUCAUAAAUCCUGCUAAAAUUGAAUGGAAAUGUGUAAAAUUACUGAUCGGAGAAUUAUCUCACUUCUGGCGGCUUGGCAGAGUAUCUUUUUUUGGGGUGAAAUAUUUCCCUGAUCAGCAAUUUUUCAUGCUUCUUAGCACGCGGCUGAUUCGAAACUUGAAAAUGACCAGAGUCGUCUUGUACCUUGAAUUGCCUAUAAAUAGGAGUCCCCUGAUGCACAUCCACGAAAACGCAUGGUGCAGGCGCCUCACGGCGCGGCGGGGCGGCCCCAAUGCCGGCCAGGAAGGGCCUCCUCGCCCCCCAGAAUACUUUUCUUGACACCAUCGCGACACGCUUCGAUGGGACUCACAGCAACUUCGUCCUGGGAAAUGCUCAAGUUCCCUCGAUCUAUCCGAUCGUUUACUGUUCGGAUGGAUUCUGUGACUUGACGGGUUUCGCGCGCGCCCAAAUCAUGCAGAAGGGCUGCGCGUGCAAAUUUCUCUAUGGACCAGACACGACGGAGGAGGAGAAGGCGAUGAUCGACAAGAGUCUCGAGAGCAAAACUGAGCUCAAGAUGGAGGUUGUAUUCUACAAGAAAACCGGGAAGCCGUUUAACUGCCUCCUCGACAUCGUGCCUAUAAAGAACGAGAAAGGAGACGUCGUCCUCUUUCUCGCAUCGCACAAGGAUAUUACAGACGCGAAAAAUCUUCAGCCCUGUGAGUUGUACGAUAGUGAUGCGAAUGGUAACCUGGAUCCGGAAGCCCCUCCGGCUAAUUAUGGACGAAGACGGAGUCGAGCAGUUCUCUAUCAACUCUCGGGCCAUUACAAACAGGACAACAAACACAAGCUGAAAAUAAACAACACACUUCUUCAUUCCACUGCCGCCCCGCUUCCGGAGUACAAAACGUCGGCAAUAAAAAAAUCAAGAUUUAUACUGAGUCAUUACGGUGGAUUCAAGUCCUGCUGGGAUUGGCUUAUCCUGAUCGCAACUUUCUACGUGGCGAUUGUCGUUCCGUAUAACGCGAGCUUCGUCAACACGGACAGGCCAACGAUGGUCAGCGACGUCGUCGUCGAAGCUCUCUUCAUUAUCGACAUAAUCCUGAACUUCAGAACGACUUACGUCAGUCGGAAGGGCGAAGUAGUCAGCAGCAGUAAGAGCAUCGCUUUGAACUACUUGAAAAGCUGGUUCCUAGUCGACCUGGUGGCAGCCCUGCCGUUCGACCUCCUCUACGCGUCCGACCUUUACAGUGGUGAGGAUUCGGGCCACAGUCACAUUCACCUAGUCAAGUUAACCAGACUGCUAAGGUUGGCUCGUCUGCUACAAAAGAUGGACAGGUACUCGCAAUACAGCGCGAUGAUCCUGACCCUCCUGAUGUUGUCUUUCACCCUGGUGGCCCAUUGGCUCGCCUGCAUCUGGUACGUUAUCGCCGAGAAGGAGAGACUCCGGAACGACAGGGAAUGGGAUCUCGGCUGGAUCCACACCCUGGCUGACAGGCUCAAGAUAUCCGUCCAGAAUGUCACUCAUUCGGAAAGCUACAUUACGGCGUUGUACUUCGCUUGCAGCAGCCUGACAUCCGUUGGCUUUGGUAACGUCUCUGCGAACACGUCGUCCGAAAAGAUAUUCUCCAUCUGCAUCAUGCUCAUCGGAGCUCUGAUGCACGCGGUUGUAUUCGGGAACGUAACCGCCAUAAUACAGCGGAUGUAUUCUCGUCGUUCUCUUUAUCAGACCAAAUGGAGGGACCUGAAGGACUUUUUGGCACUGCAUCAGAUACCGGACGAACUGAAACAGCGAAUGCAAGAUUAUUUUCAGACAAUGUGGUCUUUGAACCACGGCAUCGACAUUCACGAGGUGAGGGAGACGCUGAAGGAGUUUCCCGAAGAGCUCAGAGGCGACGUUUCCAUGCAUCUUCAUCGGGAGAUUCUCAGCCUCCCGAUAUUUGAAGCUGCGUCUCAGGGGUGCUUGAAGCUCCUUUCCCUUCAUAUUCGCAGCAACUUCUGCGCUCCGGGUGAAUUCCUCAUUCACAAAGGCGACGCUCUCUCCUACAUAUACUAUCUCUGCAACGGGUCGAUGGAAGUUGUUCAGAACAGUAUGGUUGUUGCGAUUUUGGGGAAAGGAGACCUCGUCGGCUGCGACAUAAGCAUACACCUUCACACUGGAAGUAACGGGGGUGGAACGGGAGGCGGAGGAUCCGCGCCAGUCGACGUGGUGGUAAAAUCAAGCUGCGACGUGAAAGCACUCACCUACUGUGACCUGAAGUGCAUAAACAUGCAAGGCCUGGUUGAUGUUCUCCGCUUGUACCCGGAAUAUCAGCAUCAAUUCGCCAACGAUAUUCAGCAUGACUUGACCUACAACCUUCGCGAGGGUUACGAGGCAGAGCAAGAGUGUGACAUGAACGGUGUUACCUCAAUGACGCUUCCGUCCAUCAGCGAGGACGACGAAAACAUUCCUGAGGAAGGCGAGACCUCGCCCCUCUCACCACCCAACAAAUCUCCUCUUCACGCAGCUUCAAGUCCCAGACACGCCAAGCUCAGGGACGAAUACAAAGAGAGCCGGAGAGCGACGAGAAGCGUGCUUGUUCGAGGAAGGCCGGCGAUCAUGGCGCAGGAAUCGGUCGAGGACCACAUCCGAGGAUCGGUAGAAAGGCUGGACUCUCAGGUGUCGACCCUUCAUCAGGACGUCGCGACUCUGAGCUACGAGGUGCGAAACGCUAUUCAGGCGCUCCAGAUGUUCGCCAGCUCCCCCCAGAGCAAUCCGAAUCUCCCGGCUCCCUCGGGACGCGGGAGCGGCUUCCUCGCCAGGAGCUCGUCGCAUCCUCCCGACGCCCUUUGCUGGGAUCCACCUCGGCUGGCCAACGCCGUGACACAGACCGACUGGCCGGUCGACCUCUUCGAGGCCUGGGUCCUUGCCAAUUCGCAUCGGGCCCUCAGGAUCCUGGGACUCAAUCCGGAGCUCAUUCUCAGACCUUCUCCACGCUCGCCGACGCCAUCACCGUCCUCGCCGCCUCCGCCGCCCUACGAACCUCUUUCUCCUCAUGCCAUUUCUUCGCCACAGUCGCCCCAGUCACCAGGGAACAAUAAUUACACAAUGAACAACAACCAAGAAAGAAGCGAGGAACCCUCGACAGCGACGGCAUGUCAACCACCUUCGACGUGCUGGGAUCACCGCAGUAAAUUAUCGCACCGUUUCAGUGCCGGCGACGCAGACAAUAGUUCCCAGUUAUUUCAGGCAUUUAACACCCUCCAUCGUCUCCCUGAGUCACGUUCGCUGAAAUUUGACCCCUUUGACAGUUGAGCAAAAGCCGAGCGUCGCUUCUGGGACAAAGCUCAGUGAUGAGAGGCCGGCCUUUGGAGAGGCUGCAGCGCGGUACCCGAGGAGAUCAUUAUGACUAGGAGGCGGAGUGAAAGGCUGUGAGAUUAAUCGUUUUGUGCCGAGAACUUGAACGGAACUGCAACGAGGAAAUACGGGAAGAUAUUGACCGGCUGCUCUUCUGAAUUGAGCAAAUUAAAACGAGACCUUGUCGUACCAAGAGGAAAUAUUUCGAGAUGUAUCCCAAAGGCUCGAUCUAUGAUACAUGGAAUACGGAAAACGUGUAUGCUUCAUUUUCGCGAUAAAAUUAUUACUUGCGACUGAAAUUUUUGUCGCAAGUUUAAAAUAAAAAUAAACCGCGUUAUCGUCUAAUCCCAGUCUUGAUUAGGGUAGUAUGAAAAAAAAUCAACACGUUGUGAUCUCUGAAUAUGAAAUAUGUAUUCUGAUGAAUUAGCAAAUUUUCGGCAAUCCACAUUACAAGAUGACAGGGUGAUGUCCCAUUAUUGAUUAUGCAGAAAGAAAUGGACGUGUACAUAUGUAUGUAUGUACAUGCUCUUUUCCUUCCAAACUGGCAUUUCGACCUUCCGAAAAGCAAUGGGGAAUCCAAGUUUUCCGUUGGAUACCUGUGGAAUAAAUCUCGACAGUAUUAAUUUUACUUUCUUGCCCAAAGAGACAGCCGGAUACAGAAAUGUAUAAUAAAAAACAAUAGUAGGAAUUAUGAAAUUUUUAAGCAUAUCCCGUGGCCGUGUAUCUAUCCAUCUGUGAGUAUACCUUAACUGAUUAAGUAAUGAAAAUAUAAUUAUAUAUGUAUAUUGUCAUAGUAGUGCCUAACUACCAAAAGGAGAAGGAAAAAAAAAAACAAAUUUGACACAAAGUUCUGUUCGUCUGAACAGAACAACAAAUGCAAUCAUUUUGUUAAGUAAGUGUUAGUAAUAAUGAUAAUGAUAAAAUGAUAGUGAUAAGCUGUUGUUAAGUCGUAUACAUAUAUAUUUAUAUCUUAUUCUAGUCAAUAAAUAAGAUCGAUAUGUAUCAUUACAGUUAUUGUCAUGUGAAGAUUACGUGUGCUAGUUUACGCAUAUGUUUUCAGUCCAAAAUGGAGCAGAAAAAACUUCAAAUUGAAAUAGGUGUGAGCCGCAACACAGCAACAGACAACCGUACAUCGCUGAUAUGCAAUUAAUUACCUCACGUGAAUACUUUUUCUUUGUGGAAAGUUUACGCAUCAUUCGCACAUACGUCUAAUAAUCUGUGAGGUAAAUUGAAAAGAUAGUGCUAGCAAAUUGUGAUUGAUAUGCGCGGUAAAAUUAUCGCAUAUAACGUUUUUUUGUAUAGUGUAUAGUGUGAUUAGUUAUUAUCAAUAUAUUAUCAUUCCAUUGCGUGUUUUGUUUUCGACACUUUCUUUUCGUACGUCAGUACCGAAUUAUUUGAGACAAUAGAAAAAUCAAUACGAAAUCAAUCGACUGGAACUUUUUGUUAUUAAAAUAAAAAUUUCAGCGAACAUGAAAAUUUCAUUUUUGAAAUGGAAUUUUAUUCUGAUAACCGAUUAUCUCUGAGUAGUUCAGAAAUCUUUUAUCGUAAAUCUCUGGCUCCGUCUACUGACCGGCAGAAUCCUCAGAAACGUAAAAACAGUCGUACUAUACAGUUAUUGUCAAUAAAUGCACAAUCUGAAAGUAUUCGAAGCCAUAAGCUGUUACUUAUCAAACAUUCACCUGGUGACCAAUAAAUAUACACCGACAGAUCAUACCUUUAUGUAACAGUUUCGAUAUAUUGACUUAUCACUGCAUUGUAGAUAGAAAAACCAUACGAAAUAAAAAUUAGCUAGAUAUUAUAUAACAUUAUAUUAUACAAUAUAAUGUCUUGAAUUAUAACCGUAAGAAAGGUAAUUAUUAAUUGUAAGUAUAUCUCAAACGCUAUGUUUGGUGUUUUGUAAAUAUAUUUAAAACGUGUGAUAUAACGGCACGGCUUUGGCCAUGCACAAUUCUAUUUCUUCAAUUGAUAUAUCGUCGCUGUAAAAUGUGAAAAUUUGGCUUCGAGGGGAAUUUUAAGAAAAUAUCGAGCUGGAAAAUGUUGUUCAAAUGUUGGCUCGUUUAAUUUCGAAUCACCAUAUUGUACAAAAAUACGAGCCAUAUCAAAAAUGGGUGAAAAAAUUAGAGUCGGCGUUUGUGUUAAAUAGUUUUGAUAAAAUGAGAUGAGGGGAAAAAUUAUAUAUUCACAUAUCGUAACGAUGACAAGUUUAAUCUCGUUGAUUACACGUAUCGCGUUAAUUUUAGGAAUAAUUCUUACUUGUGAACCAGUUUUUCAUAAAUUACAGUGAGUAUGUAGCUGUUUUAUAAAUAUUUCAUAUAUUUUGUUAUACUAUUUCUAUGCUCUCUACGUUACGAUCGAAUGGAAAGACAUUCGAAUAAAAUUAUUUAUCUAUCUAUAACAUCUAUUAUACGCUCACGUACCUAUAAUAUAAUUAACAACAAAAAAAGUAAGAAUCAAUUAAUUUGUAGCGUUUGCUACAUAUACACGAUAUAUUCAUACGUACACGUAUAUGUAUAUAAACAUGCAAGUUCACACGUCUCGUCGAAAGGUGAAGAAAUCUUGUGUGCAAAAAUUCACCCGAAAAUUAUACUUAUGCCACAUGAUGUAACGCUUGCAUCAAUUUGAUUCUCACGCUUUUUAUCGCCACACACCCUAGUCUACCGUUAUACACAGAUCUCGUCACGAUUCACUGCUAUCAUUAGAAAUUCUUAAUUAAAGGCGAUAAGUGGAAAAAUAAAAAUAUAUUCGACGAUGCCUGACUAUUGCGAGUCAUCUGUGACACGCGAGAUGGUGAACGCAGAGCGCGAAAUCAAAUUACGUGAUGAAUUUGAAAUAGUUUCAUUCGCGGUGUCACACUGAUUCGUAACUCUCAUGUAAGUCAUGAAUUUUUGCCUGUAUCCUGGUGUAAUAGACUAGUUAGAGAACCCAACGUCGUAGAGAAGCAAUAAAUGGAAAAUCUGGUCCACGUUGAUAAAGAAUGGAUUCAAAUUAAAAACGUGUAUAUGCGUUGAGCGAAGUCGCUGUCGACUCUUCGAAUUUGAAACAGGUCCUUUUAAUGUAAACCAUUGAUCCGUCGAUUCGUGAUUAUACGUAGUCACGCCUGAAUGACGAAUAUUAUGGAUUUGAAACAUGUUUUUAAUGAAGAAAUUGUUAGGCAAAAUUUAUAUUUACAAGUGCAGGUCACUCAAUUAUUGUAUAAUUAUAUAACUAUCAUUAUAAGAGUCUAAUCUCCAUCUUCGGCAAAUCUUCACAUCACAUACGUAUUAGUAAAGGUCACGGGUUUGGAGACACUGAUUAGCAUAUAAAUUCUAUUUCUGAAAUACAAAUAUUACAUCGUUGUUUUCUUUUUGUAGAUUCCAUUUCUUCGGAUUAUCACAAAGCACAUAACUCCAUCAUUUCUAACUUGUAAUAAUCCCACUGAACUCGUGCUGAAUUGUAUUGAAUAGAAUUUUCCCUGUAUUUCGUGAAGUGUAUGAAGUAGUAAAAUUUGCCGAAAGCUGGCUGAUCGAGUACUCUUGGUGCGGGAAUUCUGAAAGACAUAGGCUGUAAAUAUUCAUAUCUGUUUACUAUAUACGUUAUCUACGCUAUGUUGAUAGUUUAUACUUAUUCUUUGAUCAAUGAAUAAAUAACAAAUGAAACAAUAACACGUAAUAACGACUAUUUGAAUUCAAC